AUGAAAGUCCAGAUCGCAGCCAACCGACGCCUUGCCGAGAAGAUGUCUCCCCUAAAGAAACUGCAGGAGAUCCAGAAGAAGAUCAAAAAACAGCCAGCCCGUCGCAAAUUCUCGCUUGUGCAUGGACUGCGGAAGGAGAUGCCGAAGCCACUGCGCCAUCAGGAUGGGUGGAGCCGUCCGUCCACUCCGAUGCCGUCCAAUCUAUGGGAGCAGUAUGAAAUGAUGGAGACCGAAUACCAGCACCAGGAAGCCAUGAAACACGUCCCGGAUUCAUCCCGCAUCCUUCUCUACCAAUUUCAGGCGGAACGUAUAUUCCCGAUUUUCGCGGACGGCGGCAUCAACUCGAAAAAGAAUACCUCCCUCUGUGCGCAGCAACUGGCCCGGCUUGGUGAAGAAAGUAUCACAUUUAUACUAAAUGGACUGGAUGCGGAUAAUGACUAUCAGAGGAAGGUUGUAGCCGUUGCCCUCGACGCAAGUGCCAAACCCGGAGCCGGCAUCUUUCGCGGACAUUUCCACUUCUUUGGUGUUUAUCAUCAGUGUAUAGACAUCAAAUUCAAGGAUGAUAAGGGCGCCUUCCAAGGGGACUAUUUCCGCCUCUACCUGGACCUCGCCUUCCGGGACUACAAGGGAAAUGGAUCCUGCGGCUCGAUCAAGUGGGGACUGGACCUUUGCCUACCUGCAACUUGCCGUUCACACGAGGUUGAGGGAUAUCUGCACGACAUCUUGCCCCGAUUAAUAAAUAGCAGCAACCUCAUCAAAGCCGACCCGGUCUGUGGCGUGACAUGGAUCAACGAUUCGCAAAAGCCUGUACCUGCCGGUGGAUAUAUUGUUGGUGUAACAAUGCUUGCCAUUUUUGCGUUGUGUUUCAUCAGCGGGAUUUAUGACUACAGCUACGGAGAAGAAGCCAAAAAAUUGCCAAUUAGCAAAGCGCUCUGGUUCAAGAUAUUUAUGGCUUUUUCAUUUUAUCGAAACGUCUCGGAGAUUUUCUCGACCGCUGGAUCAAAUAAGGCUGGACAAAUUGGCCCGAUCCAUUGUAUACGAUUUUUCUCGAUGUCUUGGGUCAUCAUGGGCCACAUUUUGGCGAUGAGCGUCGCGCUUGGCUCAAACCCACAGGAUGUCAUUGAUGUGACUCACGAUCUGGCCACCCAAUUCCUCACCAACUCCUAUUUUGCCGUCGACUCAUUUUUCUUCAUAUCGGGGCUUCUACUGGCUUUUAUUUGGUUCAAGGACUUCAAAAAGAACAAGCGACGCGCUAUGUCACCCCUCGCCUGGACAAUGUUUUAUGUUCAUCGACUCCUCCGCCUGUCCCCGCCGUACUACUUCGUAAUUUUGUUCUAUACCUUUGUCUUGCCACCCUGGCUACAAAGUUCACCACUGCUACUGCCUCUGCAAGCCCGAGAGGACAACUGCCAGAAGAACUGGUGGGUCAAUCUGCUGUAUUUGACAAACUUUGUGCACUAUCGAGAGCAGUGCUACCUGGUCUCCUGGUAUCUGGCCACAGAUUUGCAGAUCUACAUUUUUGCCCCUUUGAUUUUAGUACCGUUUGCGAUCAACAAGUUCCUCGGUAUGGCCGUUUCUGGAGGGAUAUUUAUACUGUCAACUGGUAUUAAUAUCGCCAGUGUGUUGCAUUACCACUACCCUCUGACCGAUUACACCGUCGGCAUUAUUCAAGACCCAAGGAUGACGAACCAGGACUACAACAUGGUGAUGUACAACGCCCCAUGGAUUCGGUGCCAAAUCUACAUCCAGGGCAUGUGGGUCGGAUAUUUCUUGCAGAUGUACACCGGAAAACUGAAGCUGAACAGGUUCGUGAAACAAAUCGGAAACAUCGUCCUUUUCCUGAUCUCUCUGGGAUUGAUGUUGAUAGCUGUGAUGGUCGUGAAGGACUGGGUGAAAAAUGAAGAUUGGCCGGUCGGCUGGCGUGCUAUCUAUUCGGCGUUUUCACGCCCUGCUUGGGGUUUUGGAUUGUCGUGGCUGAUUAUCGCUUCUUACUACGGCUAUGGAGGUUUCAUCAACCGUUUCAUGUCAUGGAAUAUCUGGAUCCCACUCGGUCGACUAACCUAUUGCGCCUACCUCAUCCACAUCUGCGUUGUCAUGUUCUUCCUCGGAAAUCACAAAACCGAUCUGAUCUGGUCGAAUUUCUUCAAUUCGUUCACCGAGUACUGUGUACCCUGCAUUGUUCUCACCUAUCUAAUUGCUAUUCUUUGGAGUGCGGCGUUUGAGGUGUCACUAGGAAAGGUCGAGAUGAUUCUAAUUGGAGGACUGCGCGGUAGAGCCCCACCAAAACCUGAGGGCCCAGCAGCUGAAGCCGGAAAUGUUGUGAAAAUCGAAAAGGAAGAAGGACCGGUGACAGCUGUGGGAAACGGAGCUACAGUAACCCCAGCCGAUAAUACAAAUGGUAUCUCGACGGAUAAGAGAUGGGAA